GGGACUUCUGGCACUUUCUGGGCGCUGGGAACGCGCCGCUCCCGGGCUCGCAGGCCGGAAACGCCGUGGCCACGGCCCUUCCUUGUUCCGCGCCCGCGCAGCCAUGGCCAAGUGGGGCCAGGGAGACCCGCGCUGGAUCGUGGAGGAGCGGGAGGACGGCACCAACGUGAACAACUGGCACUGGACAGAGCGGGACGCCACCAGCUGGUCCAAAGGGAGGCUCCGGGAGCUCCUGGUGGGCAUCGCUGUGGAGAACGAGGCCGGCCGCUGCGAGGUCAGUGAGCUGAAGCAAGUGGAAGGUGAGGCUUCCUGCAGCAGCCGCAAGGGAAAGCUGAUUUUCUUCUAUGAGUGGAACAUCAGACUGGGCUGGAAAGGUGUCGUUAAAGAAUCUGGCGCGAAGCACAAGGGAUUGAUUGAAAUACCCAGUCUUUCUGAGGAAAAUGAAGUAGAUGACACUGAGGUGAACGUGAGUAAAAAGAAAGGAGAUGGGGAUAUACUGAAGGAUCUUAUGAAAACUGCAGGCACCGCCAAGGUCAGGGAGGCCCUUGGAGAUUACCUGAAGGCACUUAAGACGGAAUUUACAAUGGGAAUGAUUUUACCAACGAAAGCUAUGGCAACCCAGGAAUUGACUGUUAAAAGGAAACUGAGUGAGAAUACCUCGCAGAUUCAGGCCUCAUCUCCAGUAGCACUGGGUGUAAAGAUUCCUACUGUGGCUCUGCACAUGAUGGAACUGUUUGACGCAACCGUAGAGCAGCUGUACAGUAUCUUCACUGUGAAAGAUUUGGUGCAAAAAUUUUCUAAAUCUCCUGCUGUAUUAGAAGUUGAAAAGGGAGGGAAAUUCCAGAUGUUUGAUGGGAACAUCUCUGGUGAAUAUAUGGAGUUGUUAACAAACAAAAAGAUCGUCAUGAAAUGGAGAUGUAGGAACUGGCCAGAAGAACACUAUGCAACAGUUGUACUGAAUUUUGUGCCUACUCUAGGGCAAACGGAAUUACAAUUGGACUGUAAAGGAGUUCCUGUCUGUAAAGAAGAGAACAUGAAAUUCUGUUGGCAGAAGCAGCAUUUUGAAGAAAUAAAAGGUUUACUGCAACUGACCAUCCUAAAUGGUUGAAUUAGUUAAGAUUUUAUAAGGGCAUUACUUUUUGUAAGCAGAAACAGUGUUAAUGUUUACCUCUUCCCUAUCCUCCCUUUUAAAAAAGAAAACCCUUUAAUUUAUUUUAUAUUGGAUGAAAUCCAUGAACCUAUUCAGAAUAUAAACCAUUGUUUGACUCUUCACUAUAACUAGACUCUACAUUGAAUUAAAAGUAGCAAGCAACCUGAAAUUUGGUAUUAAUAACCUCACCUUUCAUAGAUACUCCUCUGAUAAUAGAUCAAGUCCCUAAGUGAAGAUAGUUGAUAUUUUCCAAGCUUUCAGCUAUAGUUUUAGUUCAAGAGAACAAAAAAUAAAUGGCAUGUUGGUACUUGA